AAGAUUGCUCUUCUUUUUGUCUUCGCCUUACAAGGAUAUACAAAUGCUUGCUUUGGUGGUGGAUGUGGAGGACAAACACAAUGUUGUUGCUUGAAAUUACCACCGAUCUGUUUACCAAUACUAAAUCUAGGCGGUUGCUGUGGUGGUUGCUGUUGUCCAGGACAAGGAGGUGGCGGUGGUAUUGGUGGCGG